GUCAGCGACUACGUUACAACCGCUUCCUAGCCGACCGCCCACGAGCCCACCUCGAUCCCCACUUUCCUCGCCGUCGCACCCGAACCCAACCGCCGCCCUUCGCCUCCCAAUCCAUCACUGCCACCACGACGAUCACCGCCGCCGCCGCCGCCUCGACGCAUCUGGGAGUCUGAGUAGGGGGUCUGGAUCUGAAGCCCUCUCGAUCCCCCCAUACCCACCCACCCAGUCAGUCAGUCGCCACCACAGUAGCGAUCCCCCCUCUCUGGCAGCCACGCCCUAACCGGCGCCAUGCGACGUGGAGGCGGAGGCGGAGGCAGGGGAGGAGGAAGAGGAGGCGGACGAGGAGGAGGAGGAGGGUACGGUCGCAGGGACGCCCAUCUGUACGGCGCCGCCUCCCGGGAUAGGCGCGACUACCGCCCCCGCCGCAGCCCGUCUCCUCCGGACCGACGCGCGCGCCGCCCCAGGGGCGGAGAAGACGACCGCGACCCCUACGUGUCGCCCCGCCGCGGGCGCAUGGAGUACGACGAAACCGGCGACCUGCCCGGCCGAGGGCCCAGGGACCACGGUAGCGACCGUCACGUCUCGCCCCGCAGGCGCAGGGACUACGCCGGCGACCGCCACUUCUCACCCCGCGGGCCCAGGGACUACGGAAGGGCGCCCUAUCGCGAGGAGCGCGACCGCUACGACCGCGCUGGCCGCGGCGACAGCCGCCCAAGCGGGAGCUACGACGCACCGCCAGCCUACAUGCUCCCCGACCACCCGUCCGACCUGGGCCGGCCGUCCCUGCGCGGGGGGAAGAAGGAAAGCGACUACUUUGGAGGCCCCAGCGACCAGAGCCUUCGCAAGCACAGCAACCACUUUGGAGGCGGCCCCGGUCGCCGGAGCUUGGACAAGGAAAGCGAGUUGUUUGGGGACGAGGGUGUGACGCUCAGGAUCAGAGCGACGGAAGUGGGAAGGACUAGUGCGUUGUACCAGGACUGCAGGUCGCCGCCGCACAACCAGAGUUCGCCACCACCAAGGGCUGUGUUGUCACCGCCACUACUGUACCCCUCGGUGCCGCCGACAGAGACUAGGUUCUUGACAGGGGGGUCUGCCAUGAAGGCUGGUGAUGGUUUUGGUACUGGUAGCGAACGAUUGCUGCGUGACGAUGGUGAGUUUAAGUACCGUGACCAUUUGCGUGAUCCAUAUGUUGAGAGGAGUAGAGAAAUUGAGAGGCUUUACACUGGUGGUAGGGAUGUGGUUGUCGAGAAAGAUGGUGUAACCGAUAGGCUUUACUCUGCUGGUGACGUCCCUGUUGGGAGGAACAGAGAAACAGAGAGGCUUUACUCUAGUAGGGGUAUACUGGAGUCUAACCUGGUGCCAUGUACACAGCUGAAGCUGAUUGGUGAUUCUUCCUCAGCCUUGCUCGCUAAGGACCAGCCAUACGGGAUGCUCAGUGAACCUGGCUAUGGGCCAAGCAAUGGAUACAUCAUGGAUGGCCUUGGCAGACCAUUUCAUGACUCAUUAGGGCAUGGGAGUGAUCAUGCUCAUAGGUUAUCAGGAAGUUCAUUAGAGCGUGGUAGUGGUCAUGGUGACGAGUUAUUACUGGAAAUUACGAGGCAGGCACACUCUAAGCAGGCAUCAAGAGCUGAAUGCAUGGAGUAUGAUGCACAUGAAUAUGUUACAAGAGGUCCAAUAAAUGACAAAUAUGUUGCAUCAGAGAACUUGUGUGGGAAUGUCUCACAGAAUUCAAGGCACAUAUCAGGUUCAGCAUCUUUGAGAGGCCUGAAGGAUGAAAGGAUUAACCACCAUCUGAGGCUAUCCCAUAGGAUGGAAGAGGAUGAGGAUAGCUUUCAAGCCAUGCGUCAUGACACGGAGCACUAUGUUCAGCAUUCUUAUGACGGCGAUGCUUCUGUACAGUACCCACCAGCAAGGGGUUGUAAUGAUGACUACUCCCACUCCCCUGGAACCGAGACUAUUGGAAUUGCAAGGCGACCAGCUCGUCAGCAUGAGUUUGCUUCAUUUGAGGACUUAAGUGAUCAAGAAGUUUCCCCCAUGGUAUCUAGAAAAAGAUACAGGAGUCCUGCAUAUGAGAUAGAUAUGUAUCAAGCAAAUGAUGGGUUUACAGGACGGGAGCAUUACGGUGAUGAUAUCCUAUCCCCUCCAAGAAUGUCAAGAAGUUAUGAUAUGGUUGAUGAUGAGGAUGAAUACGAUGCAAGAUGUGAUAUGCCAACUAGUCGCAAUGUUUUCUCAAGGCUUGCUUUGCCACAUGAAACCAAUGGGGAAUGGACUGAUGCUGAUCAGGGAAACCAUCCUCACUCUAACAUCUUGGCCUAUGGGCAUCCAAAAUACAAACAUAUCUCUCAGAGGUUAUCCAGGCCCAUUGCCCACUCACAAUUUGGGGGACCUUCCAUGCAUGGAAGAGGAAGAGGAGGAUUGAUCAAGAGUGCAAAAAAGAGGCUGAGAACUGCUCCUCAUCAAUUCCAUGGUGGAUAUACAUCAGAGAGAAAUGAAUUUAUUAGGCCAAAUAAAUUUUCAAAGUUGCUACAAGGUGAUCCUAAUGGUUCUGAAGUGAAGCAUGAAGAUGUUCCAGAGUAUGAGGAUCUUCCUAUGCAGAAAGAUCCACCAGAAGGUUCAGAAGAGUUCAGUAAGCAAGUUCAUGAAGCCUUCCUUAAGUAUGCAAAGGUAUUAAAUGAGAGCCCAGCCAUGCAGAAGAAAUACCGAGAGGCGUCAAAAGGAUCUUUGUCUUGCUGUGUCUGUGGCAGUAUCGCAAGAAAGUUUCCAGACGUCGAUGCCUUAUUAUCACAUGCUUAUGAUACAUGCAAAGUGGGUUUGAAGACAAAACAUUUGGGGUUUCACAAAGCACUCUGUCUUCUGAUGGGGUGGAAUUGGCAUGUUGCUCCAGACACAUCGAAAGCCCAUCACUCCAUUUCAGCUGAGGAAGUAAAUGCAAUGAAUGGAGAUCUCAUGUUGUGGCCCCCAGUUGUUGUGAUACACAACAGCUCAAUUGCGAACAAGGCAAAGGAUGCUGAAGCAAAGAUCAUGUCCAUUGAAGAAAUUGAAGGUGUACUGACAGAUAUCGGGAUAGCACAAGAAAAGGCUAAGGUUAGCUACGGAAGACCAGCCAAUCAGAGCGUAUUCCUGGUGAAGUUCCAGCCUACAAUAUCUGGAUUUCAGGAAGCAAUGAGGAUUCAAGACCAUUUCUCCACCAGAAACCACGGUAAGGAAGAAUUCCAGCAGAUGGGAGGUGAUAAAGGUAAGAAGGCUGCUCUGCUUGACAAUCUCGAAGAAUUGCUGUAUGCACAUAUCGCGGUUGUUGAAGACCUGGGCUACUUGGAUGAGGAAGGAAAGAGGAGAUGCGUGAUCAGGAGCAAGAAGGACAUCGAGGCCAAGGCAGAUGCCACACUGAACUUAGAACCGUGAAGUCACAAAUAAUUAGAUUAGGUUAUUAGGUUUACUAGCAUUUACUAGGAUCUGAACUGUUUAAGUCAUCCUCCUUUUGCUUAAUCUUACGGCUGCUCGUCCAUGCGGCUGUAACACCGAGAAUGGACAAAUUCUGCUUUUGCUAUUAAGAAAUGAUGAAAAUUUGCUUUUGCCGCUGGGACCUGCUUGUCAGUGGCUCAAUGCAAGUAGCAGAAACAAAAUUUAGUUGCGCCCAGUGUCAAAAACAAAAGGAUAUCACUCCUUAAUGGCAAAAGGACGGAAUUGCCUCUGAUCUAUCGUACUAUAUUAUGUAUUGAAUGGAUUUUUAUAUUAUGAACCUUUAUAUUUCCUUU